GUCAAUGAUGCGAAGGGUUUGUCAGGGGGGAACCAAGGGGGGAACCAAGGGGGGAACCAAGGGGGGAACCAAGGGGGGAACCAAGGGGGGAACCAAGGGGGGAACCAAGGGGGGAACCAAGGGGGGAACCAAGGGGGGAACCAAGGGGGGAACCAAGGGGGGAACCAAGGGGGGAACCAAGGGGGGAACCAAGGGGGGAACCAAGGGGGGAACCAAGGGGGGAACCAAGGGGGGAACCAAGGGGGGAACCAAGGGGGGACAUCUGCAUGCGCAUGGGCGCAUGGGCAUCAAGUCCAGCUGGUUGGCUUCAGUGAUGCCGACUAUGCUGGAGAUUCCGCAAGUCGCAAGAGCCACAGUGGUUUGGCCAUGAUCAUGCUGGUGGUGUGCCUGUGUUUGUGGACAAUCAGUCUGCCAUUGCCCUUGCACAGAAUGCAUGCUUGCAUGGCCGCACCAAACACAUGCAGGUCCGGUGGCAUUUCAUUCG